GUCGUCUCGCCAGAUAAAUCUGUCUGAUUCCCCUCUCUCUUCAAAUCCCUAGCAAGCAGACUCUCAAGAGAGAAAAUAUAAAUAUAAAUAUAUAAAAAAAAAAAAGGAGAGAGAAAGCAAGAGAAAGGAGUUACAGAUCUCUGAAAGCAAUACAAAGAUAGAGCUUUAAUCAUGGCAUCGCUCAGCAGAGAACUCGUGUUUCUCAUACUUCAGUUUCUGGAUGAAGAGAAGUUCAAAGAGACUGUUCACGUGUUGGAGCAAGACUCGGGUUUUUUCUUCAAUAUUGGGUAUUUUGAGGAUUUGGUGAAAAUUGGGGAAUGGGAGCAGCUGGAGAAGUAUCUAUCUGGGUUCACAAAAGUUGAUGAUAACAGAUAUUCCAUGAAGAUAUUUUUUGAGAUCAGAAAGCAGAAGUACCUUGAAGCUUUGGACAGACGGGAUCGGGCUAAAGCUGUGGAUAUUUUAGUCAAGGACUUAAAAGUGUUUUCUGCUUUUAAUGAAGAGCUUUUCAAAGAAAUCACGCAGCUAAUGACGUUGGAAAACUUUAGAAAUAAUGAACAGUUAUCUAAGUAUGAAGAUACUAAGUCGGCUCGCGCUAUAAUGGUUGUUGAACUCAAGAAGUUGAUCGAAGCAAACCCUAUUUUCCGUGAUAAACUUCAGUUUCCAGAGUUGAAGAGUUCAAGAUUGCGAAUGCUGAUCAACCAAAGUUUAAAUUGGCAGCAUCAGCUUUGUAAGAACCCCAGGCCAAAUCCCGACAUAAAGACGCUAUUUGUGGACCACAUUUGUGGACAGCUAAAUGGUGCACGGGCCCCGUCUCCAGUUACGAAUACCUUAAUGGGUGUUGUCCCUAAGGCAGCCGGGGGUUUUCCAUCACUCAGUACUCAUAAUGCAUGUUUGCAGCCAUUUCAGCCUGCACCUGCUGCUCUUCCAACAUCUCUUGUUGGAUGGAUGGCUAAUCCAUCUCCAGUGUCUCACCCUACAGCCUCUUCUGGACCCAUAGGUCUGACAGUGACAAAUAAUGCAGAUGCAGCUAUAUUGAAGCGUCCUAGGACUCCUCCUACUAACAAACCUGCUAUGGACUACCAAACGGAAGACACUAGUCACAUGUUGAAGAGAUCAAGACCUUUUGGAAUAUCUGAUGAGGUCAACAAUCUGCCUGUCAACAUUUUGCCCAAUGAUUAUGCCAGCCGCGGUCAGGGUUCCUCUUCUGAUGGCCUGCCCAAAACUGUUGUUAUGUCAUUAAAUCAGGGUUCGCCUGUCAAGAGUAUGGAUUUUCAUCCACUGAAACCAAAUUUACUUAUUGUUGGAACGAACAAGGGUGAUGUCAUGGUAUGGGAAUUGGUUAGCCAGGAAAAGAUUGCUCUGAAAAACUUUAAGGUGCGGGAUCUUGGAGCAUGCUCAAUGGUUCUUCAGGAAUCCUUGGCCAAUGAUUAUACUGCAUCAGUUAACCGAGUGAUCUGGAGUCCUGAUGGAGCUUAUGUUGGAAUUGCAUAUUCUAAGCACAUUGUUCACACGUACCAUGGUGAUGAUCUACAGAAUCACCUGGAGAUUGAGGCUCAUGUCGGGAGCGUUAAUGAUCUUGCUUUCUCAUAUCCAAACAAGCAACUGUGCAUCGUCACUUGUGGCGAUGAUAGGGCCAUCAAGGUGUGGGAUGCAGAUACAGGUGUUAACCAAUAUACGUUCGAAGGUCAUGAAGCGAUUGUUUAUUCUGUAUGUCCACAUUACCAGAAAAAUAUUCAGUUUAUUUUUUCAACGGAUGUAGAUGGAAAAAUAAAAGCAUGGUUGUAUGAUACUCCGGGUUCGAGAGUUGACUAUGAUGCUCCGGGCCAUUCAUCUACUAAAAUGGCGUACAGUGGUGAUGGAAAAAGAUUUAGGUUAUUCUCAUGUGGCACAAAUAAGGAAGGUGAGUCGUACUUGGUGGAAUGGAAUGAAAGUAAAGGUGAAGUUAAGCGUACUUACAUCGGUCUUGGGAAGAGAUCUGCGGAAGUUGUGCAAUUUGAUACAACCAAGAAUCGGUUCCUGGCUGCUGGUGAUGAGUUCACGAUCAAAUUCUGGGAUAUGGACAAUGAUAACCAACUGACGAGCACUGAUGCAGAUGGUGGUCUACCGGCUUCUCCUUGUAUUAGAUUCAACAAGGAUGGAAUACUGCUUGCAGUGUCAACAAACGAUAAUGGUGUUAAAAUUUUAGCUAAUGCAGAUGGGAUAAGGCUCCUACGAAUAGUGGAAAAUCGCACUUUUGAUGCUUCUAGAGCUGCUUCUGCAGCUGUUGUGAAGGCUUCGGCUACAGGCACAUUUGGUUCUGCCAACUCAACUGCUGGACCAACCAUUGGGGAUAAAGCUGGUUCAGGGGCAGCUGUGGUUGGUAUGAACAAUGAUGAUAGAAGUUUCAACAAUGUGAAGCCAAGAAUUGCUGAUGAGUCAGUAGAAAAAUCAAGGUUCUGGAAACUGACAGAAGUCAAUGAACCAUCACAGUGCCGCUCCCUAAGGCUCCCUGAUAAUUUGCAACCUGCAAAGGUUUGCCGAUUGAUUUAUACAAAUUCAGGACUUUGCAUACUGGCAUUAGCUUCUAAUGGAAUGCACAAGCUCUGGAAAUGGCAGAAAAAUGAUCGAAUGAUAAAGGCCACUGCUAGUAUUGUACCACAGUUAUGGCAACAUUCUAGCGGAAUAUUGAUGACUAAUGAUUUGCCCUCCCCAAACCUCCUCGCCGAAGACGUUUCAUGCUUUGCACUUUCGAAAAAUGACUCUUAUGUUAUGUCCGCAUCAGGGGGGAAGAUCUCUCUUUUUAAUAUGCUGACAUUUAAGACAAUGACAACAUUCAUGUCCCCUCCACCAGCAGCAACAUUUCUGGCUUUUCAUCCUCAAGAUAAUAAUAUCAUUGCUAUAGGCAUGGAGGAUUCUUCUAUCCAAAUCUACAACGUUCGGGUUGAUGAGGUCAAGACCAAAUUAAAUGGUCAUCAGAGAAGGAUUACUGGCCUUGCAUUCUCUAACUUUUUAAAUGUACUCGUUUCUUCAGGAGCUGACAACCAGCUUUGUGUUUGGAGCACAGAUGUGUGGGAGAAGCAUACCAGCGGGUUCUUGCAACUUCCAACUGGGCGACCCACAAAUCCUCAUGCAGACACCCGUGUUCAAUUUCACAAUGAUCAGAUCCAUCUGCUUGCAGUUCAUGAAACUCAGAUAGCCUUAUAUGAAGCUCCAAAAUUGGGAUGCCUUAAGCAGUGGUUCCCUCGGGAGGCAAGUGGUCCAAUCUCACAUGCUUCAUAUUCUUGUGAUAGUCAAUCCAUAUAUGUGUGCUUCAAGGAUGGAAGUAUUGGUGCUCUCACUGCCUCAACACUCAGAUUAAGAUGCCGUAUAAGUGCUGCUGCCUAUAUGACUUCUACUCCAAAGACAUAUCCUGUCGUCAUUGCGGCACAUCCUUCUGAUCCCAAUCAGUUUGCACUAGGACUAUCGGAUGGCGGAGUACAUGUACUUGAGCCAUCGGAAGCAGAAGGAAAAUGGGGAACCGCCGGCCCGAUCGAAAACAGUUUCGGGCCAAACGCCACUCCUGGCACAGGUGGUCCAGAACAAGCCCAGAGGUGACGAUUCUGCUAUGGUCCAGCCAUAAUUAUGUAAUUUUUUAGGAGAAGCUGCGAAAUGUAAAUAGUAAAUAAUACUCUAGUUUUAGAAUUCUUGAGGUGCAACCAUUUUUGGGCAGAGACAUGUCUGGAAUUGGCCUUUCCUCCUCCCUGGUAAUUGGAGUUGAAAGAAGUUAGAUUGCGAGUUACGGAAGCUGAUGCAUCAGAAGAAUAAGGUAUAAACUAAAGUAGGAGUAUGGAAAGCAACUUGGGAGGAGAUGGUAGAAUUGAUUUGGCGUGCUGCCUGGUAGUAUAUUCUUUCCUUUUCUUUUUUUUUCUUUUCUUUUCCACUAGGGGAGAAUAAUUAUGACUUUAGCGAUAAGAAUAGAAAAAGUAUGCCAGACAAAAUGUAUAUAUAUAUAUAUAAAGUAUUUGUACUUUGUAAAAAUUUUCAGAUUAAACAAAUCUCUCUACUUUGCGUUU